AUGAGUAAUAGGCCAGCUUUUCUAGAUCAGAGCCCACCAUUGGGUUAUAUAGCUGGUGUUGGUAGAGGUGCCACUGGAUUUGCUACGAGAGGUGGUAAUCCUUCAAAUGGUAGAAUUCCCAUCAGAUUACAGCAAAAACAAAAGAAUCAGAGCUUAGCCGAUGAAAACAAAGCUGAUGAAAGUGAUGAGGAGGCAGAAGAUAUAUUUUCUGCUAUUGAACAAAAAUUAUCUAGCAGAAAUAAGAGGAAAACGGGUGCCAAGAAUAAAAUGCAUAAGGAACAGAAAGAUCCAAUUGCAGACAUUCCAAAUCAAUUUUCUGAUUUAAAAAGAUCUCUUACUAAAGUCACUGCAGAUCAAUGGCUCAAUAUACCAGAGGCGACUGAUACUACGCGAUAUAAUAAAAGAACACGAAUGGAGGAACAACAAAACCGGAAAACAUACGCAGCUCCCGAUGCUUUAAUCUCCCAAGCAGUCAACUUGACAAAACUGACCGAAGAACGUGAAAAGUUACUAGGAAGAAAAUUAGAUGAAGGAUUUAUGGAGGUGAAUAAUAAAACUGAAGCAGAACAAAAUGCACUUCUGAAUGAGUUGGAAGUGUUGAUGGAGGGUGACAUUGGAGAAGACGCCAGACCGAAUGAGGACACAAAGAGAACAAGAAUGAUUUUACAAUCGUAUAGGAAAUCAGAACCAAAGAGACCUGAUGGUUGGAUUGCAAGUGCCAGGUUAGAGGAACGUAUACGGAAUUUUAAACAAGCAAGAAGUAUUAUUGAAGAAGGUUGCAAUAUUUGUCCUCGUAGCGACGAGCUCUGGCUCGAAAAUAUUCGUCUUAAUUCAUCCAAUAUUCAACAUUGCAAGGUUCUAAUUGCAACGGCAAUUCGUUUCAAUUCAAAAUCAGAAUCCCUCUGGCUUAAAGCUGUGGAGCUAGAAAGUGAGACCUUUAACAAAUAUAGAGUGGUAAGAAAGGCGUUACAGGCAAUUCCUUAUAACGAAAAAUUAUGGCAAAUGGCUUGUAAUCUCGAGCAGAGCAAGACGGAGGCUUUGAAGAUUUUAGAACGUGCUGUAGCAUUCGUUCCCAAGAGCAAAGAUCUCUGGACUACGUUAAUCAAAUCACAAGACUACCCUGAAGCGAGCAAAUCAUUAGAAAAAGCAAAGUGUUAUCUCCCCAAAGAAUUAUCUCUUUUGAUUCUCACAGUUCAGAUCGAAGAAAAAUUUAAUCGAGAUAUCUCUGUGAAGGCUUUGAUAGGAAUUAUCGAUAAGGCUUUAAACGCAGGGGAAAUGAAUUCUAUCAAAGUAUCAUUACCUGAAUGGUUAGAUGAGGCUGAAUUAAUUGAAAGCACGCAGAAUUAUCCGAAAUCAAUGGAAGCAAUUGUAACUGUGGCCAUGAAACAAUCACCUUCGGGAUCUAUGGAGUAUUUGAAAGAUAUCGAGAAAAGAACAAAUUCAUUGACCAAGGUAACUUCUUACAGGAUACUUUUACAAGACUCUCCUACAAACUUCAGACUAUGGAAAGCAUUACGAACUGUUUGUGAAUCAAUCAACCGCUUUGAAGAAUUGAUCAAAACAUUUCAACAUAUUCUAUUCAAUGAUAGAGACAAUUAUGCUACAUUGAAAGCUAAUCCACAUCUGUGCUUAAUGUAUGCAAAAGAGGUUUGGAAAUAUGAUGAUAAUAUUGAAGAAGCACAAAUGAUUCUCAAUAAAUCAUUAGAAAUUGUUCCAGGUUGUCUUGAUAUUUGGCUGGCCAAAACCAAAUUAGUGAUCUUAUCCAAAAGAUAUGAAGAUGCGGAAAAAUUGUUUCAAACAAUUUUAGAAAAAUAUUCGGUUGGCAGUGAAACAAUGGAACGGGUAUAUUAUAAAUACGUUAGCUUCCUACUCUUUUCUGGACGAAACCAGACAGCUAUCGAAAUUUUGAGUAAUAAAUGUUUGCCAAUGUUCCCGACUAAACAUAAAUUUUAUCUACAGUUAGGCCAAAUAUAUCACGAAUUAGGCCAAUUUGACAAAUGUAAAGAAGUUUACAACAUGGGACUAAAAAAUAUUCCAGACUGUGUCCUAUUAUGGGUCUCAUUGUCUAAGCUCGAGGAAACAGAUUUGAAUAACCCCAUUAAAGGACGUUCUGAUUUAGAUGUGGCUUUACUGAAAUGUAAAGACCAUGAAUUAUUAUACAUUGCAAAGGCUCAAAUGGAAGCAAGAUUAGGCAAUGAAGAACAGGCCCAAUUAUUAAUCUCUAAAGGAUUACAGAAAAAUUCAAAAAAUGCUCCACUAUGGGUUGAAAAUAUUAGACUUUUGAACAGGAAAAAGGCCUCUUCAAAGAAAACAAUGUUUCAAGAUGCUUUAAGAAACACCUCUAAUGAUUAUCAGGUACUUUUACAAAUUGGAAUUUCAUUUUAUCAAGAGAUGCAAUAUACUGCCGCUUUGAAGUGGUUUGAAAGAUCAGUUAAAAAGAAUCCUACAUAUGGAGAUUCAUGGGUCUGGCUGAUUCGUAGCUACAAGAAGUUGAAGAAAGACUUCUCAUUGGCAUAUAAAAAUGCUCUUCAACAGGAACCAGUAUAUGGGCACGAAUGGAUCUCAAUCUCGAAGAAUCCGAAGACACAAUAUAUGAGCACCGGAGAAAUCUUGGAUGUUCUCACGAAACAGUGA